UAAGCAGAGCUAUGGGAAAUCGCAGCCUUCGUCGGCGGCACGAGGAUUCUCUAGCCCCCCUCGCCCCACUCAAGAGCGAUUCGGACAAGAGGUUAGUCUCACGGAUGAUUAGGCGGCGCCGCGGCCCCCGCCUCCUCGUCACCGCAUUGGCGCUCUUAUUCGCCAUCGCCGGGACCGCAAUCGCGGCGUCUCUGUGCGCCAGAUUUCUCCUCUUGAAUGCCAACAGGCUUGGAAGGCAAUGCAGCAGUGGGAUUGGCCCGCGACAGGGAUUGAGUUUUGGGAUUGUGAGCUGCUCCGACGAUCUGAGCACCGUGCCGCACAGAUCGUUCCACGGGAUGAUGCAGCUCGUGUCUCCCAACAAGCAGAGAUACGCCGCGAUGCAUGGCUAUGGCUUCAUUGACGCCAGUGACGUUCUUGACGCUGAGAGGCCCCCGAGCUGGAGCAAGAUCAAGGCAGUUCGCAAGCAUCUGGGGAGCUACGACUGGAUCUUCUGGAACGAUGCUGACUCUCUCGUGACGAACUUUGCAGUGACGCUGGAAGAGGUGGUGAGUUCCACGCUUGGAGAUGUCAAGUAUGAGGACAGGCCAGAUCUUAUCAUCACGCAGGACGUGACGGGAUUCAAUGCAGGGAUGUUCUUCAUCCGUGACAGUGCGUGGAGCAGGGACUUUCUCAACCGGUGGUGGAACCAGACAUCGCAUAUCAAACCGUUUGGCGAGUCCAAGAGCGGAGACAAUGAUGCGCUCAAGUUUCUGAUUCAGUCUAUGCCCGCGGAGGAAAGGCAAAAGCACAUCCACGUUCCUCGAAUGCAGUGUUUAUUCAACUCUUACCUCUGGAUGCCUACCUGGAGAAAUGUGUAUCGACUUCUGGUAAUGACGAGAAUGGUGUGGAAAGGUACUUAUUCCACUGGAGACUUUAUGGUGCACCUUGCAGGAGUGGACAACAAGAAGAGGUGGAUUCAUGAAUUUCUUAAGAGGGCAGAGACAUCUCACAAGGAGCUGCUGAACUUAUGGACCAUGACAUGGUUAUAGACAUCUUUGAGUCGUCUGAUAUAUUUCCUUCAUCGUGACGUGAAGGUACUUAUUCCAGGAGACUUUAUGGUGCGGAGUGGACAACAAGAAGAGGUGGAUUCAUGAAUUUCUUAAGAGGGCAGAGACAUCUCACAAGGAGCUGCUGAACUUAUGGACCAUGACAUGGUUAUAGACAUCUCCCGAGUUGAGGAUCACGCUCGGAAA